AUGCGCCAUCUCUGCCGAAGGAGACAAACCGAACCGGACAUUAUGGAGGGUCUCUCCCGUGUCCCCUCCUCGACCUCCCUCUCCGAGCACCAGCGCAAGAUCCAGGAGCUCGAGCGCCAUCUUCAGGACGCCAAGACCGAAGUGAAUCUGAAGAACCGCGAGCUGGACGUGUACAAGAGUUCGUUGCAUGCUGUGGAGCAGGAGCGCGACUCGUUCAACAUUCAGCUGAAGGCGGCGCAGGGAGAAUUGGAGCGUUUGCAUCGUGAGAACCGUACUUUGACGCGUGCGAAUCAGAAUCUCGAGCUCCGUCUAAAAGCUGCCACAGAUGAUGGUGAUCACUGGAAGCACAGAAUGGAGGAGACGAUCGCUGAAAUGGCCUCCGCCAUCGAGACGGAGCGGAACAAGACGAUCCACGAGUUCGAGGAGACGCAGCAUGAGAAGGAUCUCAAACAUCAUCGACUCGUCGCUCUCGAAAGGAGUAAGGACGAGCUCACAAAUCAACUAACCGACACCCAGGUCGAGCUCGACAGGGCUCUGGCUCGAGUCCUCGAGCUGCAGACGGCUUUUGAUACCCAGGAGACUGUGGGCAAAAACUGGGAGCACGAGUAUCGACAGGUGAUGCACGAGUUGGAGGGGUUGAGAGAUGAGAACGGGGCGUUGAAGAGCAAGAUAAGGAGGCAGUACAAGCAGAUAGAGAUUCUUACAAGGCAAGACGACAGCGAGCUGGCCCUCACCUCGAUGCAGGAAAAGGUGGACAAGCUGAACGGCCGGAUGGAGGAU